AUGUCUUGGCUUGCAAAAGUAUCACAUAUUGCUGGUCGUGCCGAAGAUUUGCUCAAUCAAAUUGACCAAAAUGCUGCCAUUGCAUUGAAAAAUACGAGAAAAGGUGUUGGUAAGAGUGACUCAACAAUGAGUUUGAUCGAGAUUGAAGGGCAAAGAAAAUUGGAAAAACCUGAGUCUGAAAUUUCAGAGACAGUAACUAAACAUCACAUAAGGACAGACCAUACAUAUUCAGUAUCAAGCCGAAUUCGUAGUAAAAAAAAAGACGAUGAUUUGAUGGCUUAUUUGAAUAAUUCAAAUGAGCCAACAUCAAGCCGCUGUUCUUCCGUAGCAAGUUGUUUUUCGGCACCAAAUCCUCAUAUUGCAAAUACCAUCCGAACGACACCCGAUUCAUAUGCAACUGAAGAAUACCUAAAGACGCAACAGUCGGAUGCUCUGAAAUGCUUGCAUAUAAAGGAAAGUCAGAUAGCUGUGAUGUCUGUUCGAUUGCAGGAAGCGGAAGAAGCCAAUAUUAAAAAAGAUGCCCAGAUAGUAGAACUCAGUAAAGAGUUGAAGUUAAUGAAAAAAGAACUAGAAGCAGAAAAUAGUGCCAGCGUGAAUGAUCAGUCGUCUAGCUUGAAAAAACUUCAACGUGAGCAUGAUAAAGAAAAGGAGGAAUUUGAAAAACGAGAGCAAAAUUAUGUAAAACGUUUAGAAUCAGCCAAUAAUGAAAGUUCAGAAACCGAGAAGGAAUUGCAGGAACUAAGAGCAAAAAUCCUGAAAAUGGAAAUGAGUGAACAGAAUUUGAUAGAAGAGAUAAGACUUGCGAAGUAUAAUUUAGAAGCGAACAAACAAGAAUUCGAUGAAUACAAACAAAGAGCCCAAAAGAUUCUGUCUGCGAAGGAAAAUCUUUUGACAUCUCUGAAGGAGAAUUCUUGUUCUGGAUCAGAUAGUGGAGAAAACAAUAUCGAAUUGAAAGAACUGCGGUGUGAAGUUGAUCUACUGAAAGAUGAUCUUCAGCAGUCGCAGUUUGUCAUCUAUAAUCUUAAGGGAGACAUACAGGAAAUGGAAAAUAGAUUGCGUGAUGAACAGCGAGCUUCUGGUGCACAGAGAGAAAACCUUUUAAAGCAAAUACAUCACCAUUUAUCUCAGGCAAACCAAUAUAAAGAACAGAUGGAAAGAACUCAGCUAGAGUACGAUUUUUUACAAGCAGAAAUGCGUAGGCAGGAGGAAGCGGUUGAAAGAAAACUUGCUGAAAAAGAUAUCGAGCUGACAAAAGUAAUGGAAGAAAAAAAGACGAGCAAACGAUACGAAAUCGGUGAAAUGGAGCAAAAAAUUUCGCUUUUAAGUGAAAAAUUGAUUUCGAAGCAAACAGCUAUCGAAAGAAUUGAGAGUGAAAAGAGAGCAUUGGAGUUGCGACUUGAACGUGCUCAAUAUGCAUGUAUAAAUGCUGAAGCAGCUGCGGUUAAAGCAGUGACGAUUGAAAUGCGCGGAAACAAUAUAAGCGAUCAAAGUUGUUCGUUAUUUACACUUUCACAUUCGGAUAAUGUGCUUAUUCGCAUGGCUAAACUUGCAGUUUGCAUUUUUGAUCAUCUUGGGUUACGUUUAGCAGUAUUCAUGCGCAGCCCCAUGUUCCGUUUCCUUUUCUUCAUGUAUUGCAUAUUGUUACACGCAUGGCAAGAAUAUUGUUUAUUAUUGGACGUGACUUUUGUGAUGCAAGUUCCUCAAUCUUUACGUUCAGUCGCACAUUAUGUAAAAAUAGGGACUGAAAACGCAGAUCGCGAUCCGGUUAUCCAUUACUGGUGUUUGUUUUAUGCAGUACAAACUGGAAUGGAUAUAGACAAAAAGUCUCCAGAAGCUCUGCAGUAUCUAACGUCAUUGCUUUCAACAUUGGAAGAUAUGAAGAAGAAAUUAAGUGGACAAGAAGCGCUCACGCAAGAUUUGGUAGCCCAAGCCCAUAUCGAAAAUUUUGCAAUGAAAUUAUUCGACUAUGCCGACAAGAAUGAUCGCCAAUCGAAUUUUACGAAAGGCGUUAUCAGAGCUUUCUACACGGCUGGACAUUUAAUUGAUGUUUUAACCCUUUUUGGAGAAUUGGAUGAAAAUCUCGUUGCAACCAGAAAAUACGCAAAGUGGAAGGCUGCAUACAUACACAGUUGUAUAAAAAAUGGCGAGACCCCGAAACCUGGGUCAGGUCGCAAUCAAGAUGAUGAUCUAAAAGACUUUAAUAUGAGAAUUUCUCAAACUGAAAUACGAGAAGAGCCUCAGUCAAGUGCGCGUGGACCUGCUCAGUCUAGCAUUCUUCCAAAUUCUGUUAAUCCUUUACACAUAACUUCGGAUGCAGCUCCAACGGGGGAAACUUGUGAAACGUUUCAUAUUCCCGAUGCCAAAAGAUCAUCGCAGGUAGUGUCUGAGAACAGUGACAGUGGAAGAUUGACCCUGGAUGAUUACAUGGAAGCACAGAAGUAUGCAAAAUAUGCCGUAACACGCAAGAGGUAUAUGGAAGAGAAAAAAAAGAAUAAAGCUAGGUGUGAUUAUCAUCCGUUAGAAAAUAAAGAACGAUCUAAGAAAGUGAUUGUAUUCGGUAGGAAAUCAAAAAAUAAAAAUAAGACGGGACAGCAUGUUGCAAAAGAAGUUCUCGUUACUUCUCCAUUUACAGGAGAACACGCUAUUUUCGCAGUACCGCUUUCUUUGGCUGUUUUGCGAAUGGGUUCUCAUGAUGGGAUUCCACUACCAGUUGUUGUUAGGCAGUGCAUCGAUUGCAUUAAUGAGAAAGGACUAUGUGUCGAAGGGAUUCAUCGGAUUUCGGCACCCAAACCAAAUUUAGACAAACUUGAAGAAGCAGUGAAUUCAAGACGCCCCAUUGAACUGGAAGAUAUUCACGAUGCUUCGGGAUUAUUGAAAAGAUUUUUGCGCCAGCUUCCGGAACAUAUUCUAACUAAUGAAAAACGACCAAUAUUUGAAAAGAUUGCUUCAAAUUGUUCAUGCGGAACGUUGUCCCCAUGUCGUUGUUUGGUAGCAGAUAUGUUGAAAGCUCAACUGACUUCACUACCAGAAGAAAAUUAUAUGUUAUUAGCGUACAUAUUCAUACAUUCCCAAAUGAUACUACAAAACAGUGAUAAAAAUAAGAUGGGUAUGGCAGCACUUGGAUUGAUUUUGCAAGCCACGCUCAAUGUAUCACAAGCUCUUGUUCGAAUAUUCUUGCUCAAUGCUUCCGAUGUAAUCAUAACGAAAUAUCAUUCUCAUUCUAUGGUGUAUCUGUUCAAAGACAUUCAAAUUAAACGGUAA